AAAAAAAUAUUUCAGAAAAAAUUCGAAGAAAAUAAAUUGAUGAUCAAAAAAAUUGAAGGGCUAAUCCAAAUAUUGAACGCAUGGCCAAUCAAUCAGUCGAGAAAAAAACUGACAAUGUUUAUAAUUUACCUGAUUUAUGAAACUAUUUACCUGUCGAUGGCUUUCAAUGAUGUAGUUUCAAUUUUCGGAAAUCUCCAGCUCAUGACCGCUAAUUUUUUGGGAACACUAGUGCAGCUGGUGAUGGUGAUUCGGUUGAUAUUUAUCAGAUUUUCAGAUAAAAUGAAGGAAAUAAUUGAAGAAAUAUUCGACAAUUGUGUCGCUAAAAAUUAUCCAAGUAAAAGUGAAAAAGAAAUUUAUAUUAAGUACAGCUUGAAGGCAAAAAACUUUUAUCUUAUAUUAUUUGAUAAAUUUGAAAAAUUGAAAAAAGGGCUUCUGAACUAUCCUGCAACUCUGGAAAUUCCAUACAGAGUUAAAUUAUUCAACUCAAACGGCACAUCUUACAGAAAAACAAUUUUGCUUUAUAUUUUUGAAUUGCCACUACCUGUAACUGCAAUAAGUUACAUUGCGUCAAUUAAUUUGCAGUUUGUUAUAAUAUCAAACAUAUGUGCGCGGAUUGCCAUUCUUGCAAAUAGGAUUAAAAAUAUUAAUUGUAAUAGAGACAAUAAAACCGAGAGUCUUAUUAAACAUAUUGUUCUCAAACAUGUGGAGCUGAUACAAUUAGUCCACAGAGUAAAUGAAACUUGUACUCCAAUGCUUUUUGUUGAACUACUAAUUUGGAUCCCACUGCUGGCUUUGGUAUUGUUCAGUGCAAUUGUGGCGUUAGAAGCUAAUGAAACAGUAGCGUUCUUAAUGUUAUUUAACUACAUUUGCGCGGCACUGGCUUGUUUGUUCGCGAAUUGUUUAAUGGGCGAAAUUUUGUUGACAGAAGAAACGUUUUAUGUUUGCAAAUGGGAGGAAAUGUCUAAUAAAUCAAGAAGAUCUUGGCUUGUCUGCAUGUCAAGUGGUGCAAACAUUCCGAUGCAAAUAACAGCCGGCAAAAUAUAUAUUUUUUCAUUCAACGGUUUUACAGGG